ACGCGCGCGCACGUAGUGAGCGCACGUAACGCGGUCUUCGUCCACAGCGGCUCUCGCUCGCUCGAUCGCUCUCUCUGCCCGGCGGGUGGAGGAGGAGGUGGUGGUGGUUGGUGGACGGGAGUUCGUCUUGCCGCACGUUCUUUUGUUUUUGUGCCAGCCGUGAAUGAGCGGGAUCGCUGGAGAAGUUGACGAGCGUCAAGCCGGAUCAGAAUCUGCUGGACGCAAUUUUUUUUUUGCUCGAUUUCGACUUCGACAGCGGGAACAGUUUUUUGCGGGGCUUGCAGCGAAAAAAAGAAAACCGGUGACUUUUCGAAAGGGCGAAAAAGUUCGGCAGCUCCUCCGUCAUUCCACCGUUGAAAAGUGAGCAGAAAACGCAUCUCAUCAUCGAGGAUCUUGCGUGGAAGUUGAGCAAUUCUGGUAACGAACCGUCGCAGAGGACACGGGACAACUUUGGUUGUCGGGUACUUAUCGGUGCGUCGUAUACACACACACACACAUAGGCAAACACUCACUUGCUCACGCGCGCACGCACGUACACGUGUGUCCAUUGUAGAGCACGGGGAGAACCCUUGAAGCCAGGGGCGCACCGACCUCAGAGGUUAAGCCCUGCUGGCCACCCGCUAGCUUCCCCCACCCACCUCUCCUCGUGGCUGAAAAGGCUGCUGCAAAUUCCUAGCCCGAGCCAGCAAACACCCUGCGAUUAACUGACCUUUUGUCUGGCUUCGAAGAGAGAAGUCCUGAUUGGAGAAACCUGCCCUCGGGGUUAAGGACUGGACAAUUCAAGACCUCUAAUCUCCGGCUCGCCAUCUCCUCCAACGCAAGGAUUAUUUGAGCCGGGGGUCACCUGGGCUUUCUCUUCCGCUGCGGCUGCAAAGUUGCCUUCCUCUGGGUUCUUCUGCGAGCAGUCAAGAAACUUCCAGUCGGUGGAGGCGUCAGCGGCCGUGCCGGGAGCUCCCGUGGGAUGCGCUGACUCGAUGCCGCCCAAGAUGUCUGUGUUGGGGCCGGGUUCGCUGCUGCUGGGAGCGAUGCUGGCCCUGGUCGUGUCCGCGCGCCCGUCCCCCGUGGAGCAGAGGGGGGCCACGGACGCCAGCACCGACCGGCCGGACGCAGGCCCUCCCUUCUGGACCCACCCUGAGAAGAUGGACAAGCGUCUUCACGCCGUGCCCGCCGCGAACACCGUCAAGUUCCGCUGCCCGGCCGCAGGGAACCCCCCUCCUGUCAUCCGCUGGCUCAAGAACGGCCGGGAAUUCCGCAGCGAGCACCGCAUGGGCGGUAUCAAGCUGAGGCAGCAGCACUGGAGCCUCAUCAUGGAGAGCGUCGUGCCCUCGGAUCGCGGCAACUACACGUGCAUGGUGGAGAACCGCUACGGCUCCAUCAACCACACCUACCAGCUGGACGUCGUGGAGCGCUCGCCGCACCGGCCCAUCCUGCAGGCCGGACUGCCGGCUAACAAGACGGCGGUGAAGGGCAGCGACGUGGAGUUCCACUGCAAAGUGUACAGCGACGCGCAGCCCCACAUCCAGUGGCUCAAGCACGUGGAGGUGAACGGCAGCAAGUUCGGCCCCGACGGCUCGCCCUACGUGCAGGUCCUCAAGACGGCCGGAGUGAACACGACAGACAAAGAGAUCGAGGUGCUGUACUUGUGGAAUGUCACCUUCGAGGAUUCCGGAGAGUACACCUGCUUGGCUGGGAAUUCUAUCGGGUUCGCCUAUCACACUGCUUGGCUAAAUGUCGUGCCAGCCACGGUGAAGGAGCUGAGGGACAGCAGCUCGCUGGACCCCAUGUACACGGAGAUCGGCAUCUACUGCACCGGCGCGCUGCUGCUGUGCCUCAUGCUCGCCGUGAUGCUGCUCUACCGCUGGAGGCACGCGGCCACCAAGAGCCUCCCCGAGCCCAAACUCUGCAAGCUCUCCAAGGGCGUUCCGCUCAAGCAGCAGGUGUCCAUCGACUCGAGCUCGUCGCUGACAUCGCACACGCCGCUCGUGCGCAUCACGCGCUGCUCCUCCAGCGACGGCGGCGGGCUGCCCGGGGUCUCCGAGUACGAGCUGCCCGAGGACCCCCGCUGGGAGUUUCCGCGCGACAGGCUGACUCUGGGAAAGCCCCUGGGCGAAGGCUGCUUCGGACAGGUGGUGAUGGCCGAUGGGCUCGGAGUUGACAAGGAGAAGCCAAACAAGACGGCCACUGUGGCCGUCAAGAUGCUCAAGGACGAUGCCACGGACAAGGAGCUCUCGGAUCUGGUGUCCGAGAUGGAGGUGAUGAAGAUGAUAGGAAAGCACAAAAACAUCAUCAACCUUCUGGGAGCCUGCACCCAGGAUGGUCCCCUGUACGUGAUCGUGGAGUACGCUUCCAAAGGGAACUUGCGGGAGUACCUGCGGGCACGGCGCCCCCCGGGCGUCGGAUACUCGUUCGACCCGAUCGGCUCCAGCGAUCCGAGCGAGCAGCUCACCUUCAAGGACCUCGUGUCGUGCGCGUACCAGGUGGCGCGUGGCAUGGAGUACCUCGCCUCCAAGAAGUGCAUCCACCGCGAUUUGGCGGCACGCAACGUCCUGGUCACCGAGGACAACGUCAUGAAGAUCGCAGACUUCGGUCUGGCCCGCGACGUGCACAACAUCGACUACUACAAGAAGACCACCAACGGUCGACUGCCCGUCAAGUGGAUGGCGCCUGAAGCGCUGUUUGACAGGGUGUACACCCACCAGUGCGACGUAUGGUCGUUUGGAGUUCUUCUGUGGGAGAUCUUCACUCUGGGUGGCUCCCCGUACCCCGGCAUCCCAGUGGAAGAGCUCUUCAAGCUCCUCAAGGAAGGACACCGCAUGGACAAGCCCAGCAACUGCCCCAACGAGCUGUAUAUGAUCAUGCAGAUGUGCUGGGCAGCCUCCCCAUCGCAGAGGCCCACCUUCAAGCAGCUGGUGGCGAGCAUGGACAGGAUCCUCACACUCAGCUCGCAGGAGGAGUACCUGGACCUGUGCGCUCCACUGGAGCAGUACUCCCCCAGCUUCGCGGACUCCAACAGCACGUGCUCCUCCGGGGACGACUCGGUGUUCGGCCACGAGUCCGUUCCGCCCGUGCUCAUCGGCCCUUCGCUUCCGCCCCCGAAACCGGCGCAGCCCGAGGAGGGCUUCACUCAGGAGUUGCCGCUCGCCGAGCCAAACCCGCCGCGCCAGCCGCCCCAGCGGACGUAACUCCGCCAGGCGGGGAGGUGCGCUGGCGGUGCUGCCUGGGUCCGGUUUGGUCGUGCGACCUCGUUUGCCCUGAGUGCCCACGUGCACCAACAUGGGCCCAAAACGCCCCCACUGGGGCUGGUAGAUUCACGAGGGCCCUGUGGACCGUGUGCCACGUUGCCUCCGUGUAGGCCCUGUGUCUCACCCACUCUGAUCCGGUCCUGAUGAAUUGUGUCCAGCAGCUGUAAGCUUAACUGUACUUUCUAACCGAUGAUGGUGAUUUACCCUCGGUUGAACGUUUCAUCUGGAUUUUAUAGACUUAAACCACGCUUCUUACGUUUCGUGUAAAUUUGGAUUUAGAUCUUCUAAAUUGUGCGCGUUUGACAACUUUCCAACAUACUUUCGUAUAAUUGAGUAAUGCUACCUUGAAGCUUAAACGUUAAUACGUAAUACGUACCUUUCUUUAAGCCUAUGAAUUAUUUUUGCUGCUACUGCAGAUGGUGAUAUAUGCUGGUGUAUUGUAUUUUUUUUUGUAAGCAAUCAUGGACGAGGACUGUGGGAGUGCCACUUCUUUUUAAGUUAUGUUGUGAAGACAUUGGCGCCAUUUGAAGAUGCCUCCUACUGCUCGAAACGGUCGCGUCUUGGACUUGAAUGAAGACGACAUUGCAGAUGGGCGUCAAAAGUCACCUCUUCACACUUGAGCGUGGGCUGCCCGUGCCCACUAGGACAAGAGAACGAUACCCGUGAGACCUUGGAGGAAAUGAUGAUGGACCGUGUAUACAAUGGCACCUGCUUUGGGACCGUCUUUCCUCACACAUCGGGAAAUUUUUCUCCCGUCCGAAAAAGAUGUUUGUGUGUGACCUACUGAAAACUGUUGGUACAGCACAUUUUGAAGCUGGGGAUAGCGGAUUUUUUUUUUAAAUGCGGUCUACAUGGUACGAAGCCUUUCAUGUAAAUGUAUAAAUAGUUAUAUGUAUAUUUUAUAAUAUUAUUAAUAAUAUUGAUAAUACUGUAAUAAUAGUAAUUUUGUACUAAACAGUAAUUACAGGUGCAUUUUAGCAUGUAUAUUAAUAAAAAAAAAUAUAUAGAUUAUUUUAAUACAGAGGGCCUGAAAGCCAUUUCUGUUUUUUGUUUUUGUUUUCAGGAGUACAACAACAGAUAAGAAUGUACGUAGUGCUGUAAUGCAUCAGACUGGUCUGGCAGCUCAGAAAGAUGAACGAUAGAAAAACGGUUGUUUAGCCAGUAACACUUAUUCUCUCCUUUAUUCAUUAAAAAAAAAAGAAAAACAUCAGGGGACUUUCUGAAGAAGGAAAACAAAGUUUAAUAUAUGCCAUUGUUUAUAGACAAAACCUUAGAAAGCUACACUUUGCUGUACGGUUUUAUAUAAACGUUGAAAAAAAAUAUUAAGAAUCGACACUAACAGUAUUGUUUUCUUUUACUAAUGUUUAUACUUAUUGUGUAUGUACAUUCCAAGCAUUUCGCAUGCGUCGUAAAAACAAAAGCAAGUUAAAUGUCAUAAGAUUGUGCCUAAGACAGUGGCGGCUCCUCAAUAGGGAUUGCAGUGUUCAGACAAAUCUCCAGUCGCGCCCUCUGCACCCACGACUCAUCAUCUUUUCGCAGGGAGGGUCAUAUAUGAUCAGUAUGUACGUAUGUUUAACUUCUUUCGCACCGCACGUAGCCAACCGUGCCAGUCGGUCAGGUGCGAGGGAAGGACAACAAAACGAAAACACACAGCGGUUCUAACGAAGUGAGUUUUAAAUCGAGAUUUAAAAGCUCACAGCGGCUUCCCAAUAUCUCACUCGAUGUGUCGAUUGAUGUCCAAAGUAAGAAAACCUGGGAGGCACUGGUGCCCCCCCCCCCUUGCCCCACGAGAACCGGUGCACGGCAGCCAAUAGAUUGGCAGCCUUGGGUGGAGGCCCCGCCCAAAACCGUUCUAGCCCCACCCACAACCGUUCUAGCCCCACCCAUAACCGGUCUAGCCCCACCCAUAACCGUUCUAGCCCCACCCAUAACCGUUCCAGCCCCACCCACAAUCGUUCUAGCCCCACCCACAAUCGUUCUAGCCCACCCAUAACCGUUCUAGCCCCACCCAUAACCGUUCUAGCCCCACCCAUAACCGUUCUAGCCCCACCCAUAACCGUUCUAGCCCCACCCAUAACCGUUCUAGCCCCACCCAUAACCGUUCUAUCCCCACCCAUAACCGUUCUAGCCCCACCCAUAACCGUUCUAGCCCCACCCAUAACCGUUCUAGCCCCACCCAUAACCGUUCUAGCCCCACCCAUAACCGUUUUAUCCCCACCCAUAACCGUUCUAGCCCCACCCAUAACCGUUCUAGCCCCACCCAUAACCGUUCUAGCCCCGCCCAUAACCGUUCUAGCCCCACCCAUAACCGUUCUAGCCCCACCCAUAACCGUUCUAGCCCCGCCCAUAACCGUUCUAGCCCCACCCAUAACCGUUCUAGCUUCACCCAUAACCGUUCUAGCCCCACUCAUAGCUCAUCUUUGCACCGCCUCCCCUAAAGACACGUGAUGACAGCGACAGUAAUGGUCAACGGUGGUUAAUGAUGACUGAUGAUUGGCACAUAAAGAGUGAUGAUGGAAAAUUAUGUUGAAUAAAUUGUUGGUAACGAUAGUCGUGAUGAUGGUGGUUAUGAUUAAGAUAAAUGAGGAUUGGGGAUGAGAGGAAAGCAUGAUGGCAUGCUUCCAGGCCCCCAGCCAUUCCCUCUAACUCUGUGUCAAAUGACGAACACCCCCAAAACAUUUGAGCACAAGCCGCCACUGGCCUGACAUCUAAUUUAUUGAUAGUUUUUAAUAAAAUGUUAUAAAUAACAAUUGUGCGCGCGUCUGUUUUUUGUUGUUGUUGUUGAAGGACACACUGAAUAUUGUUUCCGCAACAAAUGUGCGUGCGAUCAGAGCUCCCUGCCACAUUCACCACAUCGGCAUCACCGACUGGACGACGAAGCAUUAGAAAAGCAGCGCCUUAAGGAUGCGAACUUUGCUUAAAAUUAACUUUUCUGCACGUAGCGGUGGGUGACGAUUGCAUCGGCUUGGCGGAUAUUACAUUCUCUGAAAUGAGAUUCACACCCACUCAGUGUUGGAAUCCCACCCG